GAAAGCGUUUUACGAAAUGAUUCACAUUCGAAGAAAACCAAUAAACAUGAGGGCUUCUACCAUCAUCAUUUUGGCUGUUUGCCUCUUCAGUGUUGCUUUCGCAAAUAGCAAGGACACAGAAUCUGAAAACAGUGUUGGCGAGAACAUGAAAGUAUCGAUGAAGUCUGCUACUGGUGAAAGCGCAAAACCCAAGAGCUCCAUGGAUUCCAAGAAACCCAAGAUGCCCAAGAAACCCAAGAUGCCCAAGAAACCCAAGAUGCCCAAGAAACCCAAGAUGCCCAAGAAACCCAAGUUGCCCAAACUUCCUGACCUACCCAAAUUGCCUGAUGCUCCUAAACUACCCAAGAUCCCUAAAAUGCCCAAGGUAUAAUAGUGCUUGAGGCUAAGAAAAAUCCUAAAAACAAAACGGAAACUUUAUAUUAAAACUGAAUAUAUAUUCAAACGUGAGUCAAAUAUAAAGUAUAAAAUGUAAAUUGUGAAAUAAAUAAUAUGUGUUUUGAA